AUGGCGAAUAAAGCAUCUGUUGUUCAUUGGUUUCGUCUAGAUUUACGCAUUCAUGAUAACCUUGCGUUAAGAAAUGCCAUAAAUGAGGCUGAAAAUCGGCAAUAUUAUUUAAGACCUGUUUUUAUCAUCGAUCCAGAUAUAAAAGAACGUGUUGGUGUGAAUAGGUUGCGAUUUUUAUUUCAAAGUCUUCAAGAUUUAGACUCUAAUUUAAGAAAACUUAAUUCUCGUCUUUUUAUAUUAAAAGGCACGGCUGAUGAACUGUUUUCGAAAUUAUUUGAUGAGUGGCAAGUCAAAUAUUUAACAUCCCAAAUAGAUAUUGACCCUGAAAUAGUAAAACAAGAUGAAAUUGUUGAUAGACUUGCCGAAGAGAAAGGAAUAUUUAUUGUACGAAGAGUUCAACAUACAGUCUACGAUUUUCACAGUGUUUUAAAGAAAAAUAAUGGCAGUGUACCACUGACAUAUCAGAAGUUUUUGUCUUUGGUAAAGGAUAUAAAAGUUAAAGAAACUAUUGAAAUUACAAAGACUUUAUCUGAUUACUGUAAACCACCAGACUCAACAUGUGAAGAAUAUAAUGUGCCUUCACUUAAUGAUUUAGGAAUAGAUGAAAGUUCUUUGAAAUCAUGUAAAUACCAUGGUGGUGAAACAGAAGGUCUUAAAAGACUAAAUUUAUAUAUGGAAAAAAAGAAUUGGGUCUGUAAAUUUGAAAAACCAAAUACUUCACCAAAUAGCAUUGAACCAAGCACAACAGUUUUGAGUCCAUAUUUAAGUCAUGGAUGUUUGUCCUCUAAAUUAUUUUAUCACAGGCUGAAGGGGGUAGAGAAUGGAGUCGCACACUCUCAGCCACCAGUGUCAUUGUUGGGCCAGCUGAUGUGGAGAGAAUUUUACUAUACUGCUGGGGCUGGGACAGAAAAUUUUGAUAAAAUGGUUGGCAAUGCUGUUUGUACUCAAAUACCUUGGGGCAAAAAUGAUAAAUACUUGAAAGCUUGGUCAGAAGGAAUGACUGGUUAUCCAUUUGUAGAUGCCAUAAUGCGACAGCUGAAGCAAGAAGGCUGGAUUCAUCAUUUAGCUAGACAUAUGGUAGCAUGUUUUCUCACUAGAGGAGAUCUGUGGAUAUCAUGGGAAGAAGGGGCGAGAGUUUUUGAAGAUUAUUUACUGGACUAUGACUGGUCUCUUAAUGCUGGAAAUUGGAUGUGGCUCUCUGCAUCUGCAUUCUUCUAUAAGUAUUUCAGGGUAUACAGCCCUGUGGCAUUUGGGAAAAAAACAGAUAAAGAAGGUCUUUUUAUAAGAAAGUAUGUCCCAGAGCUAAAGAAAUACCCCACAGAAUACAUUUAUGAACCUUGGAAAGCACCAAAAUCUGUACAGAGGACAGCUGGUUGUGUUGUUGGUGAGGGUUACCCUCAAAGGAUUGUAGACCAUGAUAAAAUACACAAAGAAAACAUGCAAAAAAUGGCAGCAGCAUACAAAGUCAACAAAGAAAAGAAAUCUCUUAAACGAAAAUUAACUUAA